ACAAGAAGAUCCUGGAACUCAUGUCCAACAUCAUCCAGCUGCUGACUGGAGAGGUUGCCAUAAGGACUCAUCAUGUUUCAAUCUAUUUUUCCUUGGACGAGUGGGACUAUAUAAAAGGAAACAAGGAACUUUACGGGGAAGAGAUAAAGGUGGAUCCCCAACAGCUCUGCCCACUGGAUCGAUCUCACCUUAUUCGUCAUCAAAGGAUUCACACAGGAGAGAAACCUUUUUCGUGUUCUGAAUGUGGGAAAUGUUUUUCAGAUAGAUCUCACCUUAUUCGUCAUCAAAGGAUUCACACAGGAGAGAAACCUUUUUCAUGUUCUGAUUGUGGCAAAUGUUUUUCAAAACGAUGUCACUUUGUUCGUCAUCAAAUGAUUCACACAGGAGAGAAACCUUUUUAGUGUUCUGAAUGUGGGAAAUGUUUUGUCUCUUCAUCACAACGUACAGCUCAUCAUCAACGAACCCACAUGGGGAAGAAACCUUUUUCUUGUUCAUAAUGUGGGAAUGUUUUUGUUUAAAACUGAUCAUUAUAGAACCCACACUGGAGAGAAACCAUUUUCUUAUUCUCAAUGUGGGAAAUGUUUUACAAAUCAGCCAAACUUUUCUUUUACAUUGAUUAUAUUUUAAUAUGCCUUUCAGUAUUUACAGAGAUGAUGAACAACUGUGUGCAAUAUGCAGUUCAUCAUAGGAUAAUUCUUAGACCAAUACUGUCCAAACUGUUGGCUGAUGGACACUGACCAUUGGUAAGACUUGUGUAUGAUAAAUACUCUUCUCUCACCCUUGGAAAACAGAGGAAACCUAAUUUAACGAGAGACUAUAUCUCAGCCCCCCAACAAAAGAUAAUAUUCAGUGUUUUAUUGAACAAGAAGGGUCAUAUACCAAUAGAUACGAGACUCCAUGGAUAUCACUUUGGCAGGUGUGUUUUCCUUUCACAUUGGAUAACGUAAUGGAGAUAUACCCAGCUGGGAAUGACUUGUCAAUUAUAUAUGUGUUUACUAUAAAUUAGAAGGAGGAAAUACACUUGAAAUCAUUUUUUCAUUGAUAGGAUGACACUAGUGGCAAGGGAACAUCUAUUGAGACAAAAGGAAAGGAGAUUACACCAUAAUCAUAGGAAGAAUCACUUUAAAUAAAAUCAUUGAAAAUGAUCAUAGAAAAUUGGAUCUCCCACUGGAGGUAUAGCUUAUUAAAUCAACACAAUGGUUGAGGACAACAAUACUAUUUAUAAAAACAAGUGAUAGUAUAUACAUAUGUGUGUGACGUAGGAUGUGGAAUUUGUAUGGAACACAAUGCAAUAAAUAAGCGAGCUGUGCACUCCCCCCACUGUAGGCAGCUUAGUGCUCACAAGGGGCAAUUCUUUUCAAUAAUACUAUUGUUUCCCCCAACCUGAGUGCAAGUUCAAUAUUUUGCAGUGCAGUUUAAAAUCAGUUUACAUUUAGGUAAUGUGAUGUUUGUUGCUGAGCAAUAAUGCUAUUUCAUUAAGACUGGGUGCCAACUUGUAGAUGAGCCUGCAGUGGGAUAGAUCUUGUUUGGAGGCCAUACAGUAUCUAAACAUUUAACUUGUUUCUCCAAUAUACGUCUAAACACCCCCUCCCAUGCACACACUUGCUUAUGAAUUCCCCAGUGCACACCUUUCCUAUAGUUCUAUUCAUUCUGAUGGGAGUUGAGAGACUUAUUUACAUAUUCCUAUAUACAUCACAACCAGUAGUGUCUGGCUUGUGUUCCCUGUUUUGAUCAGGGUUCCAGUUGGUGACUGAGCUGCGCUUGCUGGUUUCCACGUAGGAGGCAAACUCCUGUACAGGAACUGAUCUACAACCUUCUGAUGCUGAUGGACUGCUCUUAUAAACAUUAUCCAGAUACUUCCACCCAGGAAGAAUAUUGUUUUUUCUUUUCAGAGGACUAUUUAAAGUGGACCUGUCACCCAGACACAAAAAUCUGUAUAAUAAAAGCCCUUUUCAAAUUAAA